GAUACCAAAUAAAAAAUUGUCAUAAACAAAUUACUUACAUUUUUUCCCUUAGCCAUGUUAUUUAAUUUAAGUGUAGGUUUUUUCAUUGGAUUUGCUGUUCUGGUCACAGCUCAUGAUCUCGAAGUUCCGGAAAAAUUUGCCGAAAAUACACGAACGCACACAAACAACUGGGCCGUAUUGGUGGAUACGUCGCGGUUUUGGUUUAACUAUCGUCAUGUCGCGAAUGUACUGUCAAUUUAUCGAUCGGUUAAACGGCUCGGAAUACCAGACAGUCAAAUUAUUCUGAUGGUUGCCGAUGACAUGGCUUGCAAUGCACGAAAUCCACGACCAGCAACCGUUUUUAACAAUGCCAACCAACACAUCAACGUGUACGGUGACGAUGUUGAAGUGGAUUAUCGCGGUUAUGAAGUGACGGUGGAAAAUUUUGUACGACUUUUGACCGGACGAACACAAACCGGCACACCACGAUCCAAGAAACUGUUGACUGAUCCCGGCAGUAAUAUUCUUAUCUAUUUGACCGGGCAUGGUGGCGAUGGAUUUCUCAAAUUCCAAGAUUCCGAAGAAAUUACCAACCAUGAACUGGCCGAUGCAUUUGAACAAAUGUGGCAAAAGCAACGAUACAAUGAGAUUUUCUUCAUGAUUGACACUUGUCAAGCCGCUUCGAUGUACGAAAAAUUUUAUUCACCAAAUAUUUUGGCCGUGGCUAGCAGCUUAGUUGGCGAAGACUCACUUUCGCAUCACGUUGAUCCAGCCAUUGGUGUUUAUAUCAUUGAUCGAUACACAUAUUAUGCGUUGGAAUUUUUGGAAAGAGUCGAACCAAAGAGCAAAAGAACAAUCGGAGAAUUUUUGAAAGUGUGUCCAAAACGUGAGUGCAUCUCAACGGUUGGUGUGCGAAAGGAUUUGUAUCCAAAAGAUCCAAAUAAAGUGCCAAUCACCGAUUUCUUCGGUUCGUUACGUCCAACGGAAAUAUCAUCGGGUCAAGUCAAUGUGUCGUUGUCAAUUGAUGAUGUGGACUUCAACGAAAUGGAUAGCCGAAAUGCAAAUUUAUUGAAUGAAAAGCAUUCGCAUGUGUUCUACGAGCAAUUCCCAAGUCGGUUGUUCAACUAAGUCUAAAAUGAAAAUCGAAAUAAACCUAAGACAACCAAAGUGAUGAAAUUGAACAAAAUACGACAAUAAAAUGUAAAUUGUUUUUAAUAGAAGAAAA